GGUAGCCGAUCCUGUUCUUAAACUUCCGGUUUCUGCACUGUGCAACUGUGCAACUAUUACAGUUGCAUUUUUAAUUAACGAUGCCAAGUACUUGUUGUUGUGUACCUGGAUGUCAUUUAAGAGGAGGACAUGCAUUUCCAAAUGACUUAAAAAGAAGGAAAAGUUGGAUCAACGCCAUGGCCCAUACGCAGAUUGGACGAGAACACGAUGAAAUCGUGGAGUCCAUCUCAAUCAGCUGUUGUUUGCAAGGCACAUUUUACUGAAAAAGACUACGUGAAGGAAACUAUUCUUGGGCGCAAACCCACCAUACAGAGACUUAAGUCUACUGCCAUUCCAAGCCUAUUUUUCUGGACCAAGCAAGAGACUGAAUCGUCCGCAAAAAGAAAAAUCAGGGCAGUUUCCUGUGAAAACAAAAGAACUAAACUUGAUGAAUAUUGUAGUAGAAAUCUAGAGGAAAGUUUUGAUUGUAAAGUUGGUUUUCCUGAAGAAGUCAUUCAUACUGCAGACAGGAUUUAUGACUGUCCACCACCAACUGCAUAUAAAAAUAAGGAGAUGUGGUAUGAUAUUCAGUGAGUUUAUCGAACCAGAGUGCAUAAGAAAUGGGUUAAGCAG